AUGAGUCCUACUCUAUCUUCUAAGGACACCCCGACGGAGUGUGGAGCAAAGGGCAACACUCCUGCAGAAGCAGCAGCAGAAACGCCAGCAACAGCAGCAGCAACACCAGCAGCAGCAGCAGCAUCUGAGCCUGCACUUCCAAAUAAGGGCAGCAGCAGCAGCAGCAGCGGCAGCAGCACCGAGGAAUCCCCGGCUAACAUGUUUGAGGCUGCUGCAGAGCGAAUAGAGCAGGAGCAGCAGCAGCAGAAGCAGCAGCAGAGGAAAAAGCAGCAGCAGAAGCAGCAGAAGCAGCAGAAUGGGAAUGAGAGUGCAUCUAUGCAGCGGUUGCAGGAGCAGCUGCAGCAGGAGCGUGAGGCAUUUGCUGCAGCACAGCUGCAGCAGCAGCAGCAGCACGAGCAGGAGAGGCAGGAGAUGAGGGAGAGGGAGGAAAGAAUUGCAAGACAAGCAACAGCAGCACUGCAGCGCCUAAGGUCGUCACAUUCAGAUGAGCUGCAGCAGCAGCAGCAGCAGCACGAGCAGGCUAUCUUAGAGCUCAAACAGGAGGUUGGCUCGCUGCAGCAGCAACUGCAGCAGGAGCAGCAGCAACGUCUUGAUAAGGAGCAGGAGCUGCUAAAGCACCAGAAGCAGCAAGAGGACUCUGCAGCAACUAGAGAAGCAACAGAGAGACAGCUAGAAGAGCUGCAGCAGCAGCAUGCGCAGCUGCAGCGGCAGCACACUGCAGCAGAGGAUGAGCUGAGGACAGCUGCUAAGAAGUGUGAAGCCUUGGGGGAGGAGCUGCAGCAACAGCAGCAGCAAUAUCAGCAGCAGCAGCAGCAAUUACUAGCAUUCAAAGAAGACCUUAAACGCGAGGCGGAGCAGCGGGAGGCCUCUGCUGCUGCUGCUGAGGCAGCGCAGCAAGAGAAGCAGCAGCUGCACCAGCAGGUUGAAAGUCUGCUGCAGCAGCAGCAGGUUUUCGAGCAGCAGCUGAAGCAGCAGCAGCAGCAGCAGCAAGACCUUUCCGCCCUUAAAGAGCAGCUUGAGAAGCACAAAGGUGAGGCAGAAGACCUGAAGCAGCAACUGCAGCAACAGCAGCAGCAACAGCAACAGCAGCAGCAGCAGCACAACGAAGUUGCUGCCAUCAAGCAGAAGCUCGAGCAGGAGCAGCAGCAGUUGAAAGAGCAGCUGCAGCAGCAGCAAGAUAAAGCAGCAGACCUGAUGCAGCAGCUGCAGCAACAGCAACAGCUGGAGCAGCAGCUCAAGCAGCACCAAGAUGAGGCCGAAGGUCUCAAGCAGCAGCUCAAGCAGCACCAAGGUGAGGCCGAAGGUCUCAAGCAGCAGCUGCAGCAACAGCAGCAACAGCAGCAGCAGCAGGAAGAUGAAGUUACUGACCUCAAGCAGCAACUGCAGCAAAAGGCGCAGCUAGAACGACAACUCACCCUCCAGCAAGAGGAGGCGGAAGCUCUGAAGCAGCAGCUGCAGCAGCAACAGCAGCAGCAGCAGGAAGAGGUUGCCGGCCUCAAGCAGCAACUGCAGCAGCAAGAGCAGUUGGAGCAGCAGCUCAAGCAGCACCAGGAUGAGGCCGAAGGUCUCAAGCAGCAACUGCAGCAACAGCAGCAGCAACAGCAAGGUGAAGUUGCUGGCCUGAAGCAGCAACUGGAGCAGCAGCAGCAGCACCUACAGCAGCAGAUCAAGCAGCAACAAGAGGAGGCCGAAGCCCUGAAGCAGCAGCUCGUGCAGCAGCAGCAGCAGCAGGAUGAAGUUGCUAGCCUUAACCAGAAGCUGCAGCAACAGCAACAGCAGCGGCAAGAUGAAGUUGCUGACCUCAAGCAGCAACUGCAGCAACAGCAGCAGCAGCAGCAAGAUGAAGUUACUGGCCUCAAGCAGCAACUGCAGCAAAAGGAGCAGCUAGAGCGGCAACUCACGCUGCAUCAAGAGGAGGCGGAAACUCUGAAGCAGCAGCUGCAGCAGCAACAGCAGCAGCAGCAAGAAGAGGUUGCUGGCCUCAAGCAGCAACUGCAGCAGCAGGAGCAGUUGGAGCAGCAGCUCAAGCAGCACCAAGAUGAGGCCGAAGGCCUCAAACAGCAACUGCAGCAGCAGCAGCAGCAACAGCAACAGCAGCAAAAUGAAGUUGCUAGCCUCAAGGACCAACUGCAGCAGAAACAGGAGAUAGAGCAGCAGCUGAAGCAGCAGCAAGAUGAGGCGGAGGGCCUUAAGAAGCAGCUGCAGGAGCAGCAGCAACAGCAACAGCAACGGCAAGAGGAAGUUGCUGAACUGCAGCAACGACUGCAGCAGCAGCAGCAGCAGCUGGAGCAGCAGCUGAAGCAGCAGGAAGAUGAGGCGAAAAGUCUCAAGCAGCAACUGCAGCAACAGCAGCAGCAGCAGCAGGAGGAAGUUGCCAACCUCAAGCAGCAGCUAGAGCAGCAGAAACAGCAGCAGCAGCAGCAAAAGGAUGAAGUUGCUGGCCUCAAGCAGCAACUGCAGCAGCAACAAAAGUUGGAGCAGCAGCUUAAGCAGCAGCAAGAAGAGGCAAAAGGUCUCAAGCAGCAACUGCAGCAACAACAACAGCAGCAGGAGAAGCAGCAGCAGCUGGAGAAGCAGCUGAAGCAGCAGAAAGACGAGGCAGCAGCCCUUAAGCAGCAGCUGCAGCAGCAGCAGCAGCAGCAGGAGGAUGAAAGAAAGUCUCUUAAGAAGCAACUGGACGAGAUGUCCCAGAAGCUGAAGCAGCAGCAGCAAGAGCUACAAAAGAGCAGCAGCACAGCAGCAGCUGCAGAAUCGACGCAGCAGCGAAUCGCAGCUCUUGAGGGUGAAGUGGAGAAAGCUCGUGCUGCUGCAACACAAGCGAAGGCAGAGUUGCAGCAGUCUCAGCAGCAGCUGCAGCAGCACAAGCAGCAGCUGCAACAGCUGCAGCAGCAGCAGCGAAAGCAGCAGCAACAAAAGGCAGGGGAGGCAACAAACGACGGCGAGUGUGCCGGAAAGAAGAAGUCUCAAAAACAGCAAGCAGCAGCAACAACAGCAGCAACAAGAAGAAGCGGACACCUGGCGAGUCGUCUGGAUGCCCCCAUGAGGUCUGUGCUGCAGCGGCUGCAGAACAGUGGUUAUGCACGUGCUGCUGCUAUGGUGUACUUUUUGCUGCUAAACGUUCUCGUCGUGCUGCUGUUGGUAGGCGCCUGCGGUAGCAGCAGCAGCAGCAGCAGUCUCAGCAGCCUCAGCAGCAGCAGCCUCAAUAGCAGAAGCAGCAGCAGCAGCCUCAAUAGCAGCAGGAGCAGCCCCAAGGGCCCGAUUGGUGACCUCUGA